AAAGCGGGAACGAUUUAAUUUUCAUAUUAUAUAAAAGACUUUUAUGAAAAUUUUCAAGAAUUAGUUUAACUGAAACCGCCAUCGCAGUCACUAAUAUCGUUUGGAAAAACUUGUUGUGAACCGCAUUUUCUGGGACUCUUGCAUAAUGCGAGCAAUUCUGGGAUCACUGAGCUUGGUAGUGCUUUUGGCCUACCCAGCCGUAGGUGGAAUCAGUUAUAAUUAUCCUACCGCCGCUGCCGGAUUCACACCCGGUUUCGGCCCAAUUUACACCAACCCUCUGCCCGAAAUAUACCCUGUUGGUGAUCAUGGAUUAUUGGGCGGUGUUAAUGCUUUCGCCGGUGCCGAUCUCGGAUACCCUGGAGCGUACGCAGCUCCUGCUUUUGGAGGUUUCCCCGAGCCAAUAGUUUCCAAAUACUUCACAUUCCAUUCCGCUCCUGAGGAACCCCCAGAAGUCCGGGUCAGGCAUCUAGCAAUAGGACAACCACGAAAGACCUACCGCGUCGUCUUCAUCAAGGCUCCAUCACAGAAUCCACCAAUCACUAGGCUUACCGCGUCCUUUGCUCCAAAGGAAGAGAAGACUGUUAUCUAUGUUUUGUCGAAGAAGCCUGAAACUGAAGUGAUUAAUGAAAUUGUUCAACCACCACCAACCGAGCCAAGCAAGCCAGAAGUUGUCUUUGUCAAAUACAAGACUCCUGAGGAGGCUAUUCACGCUCAACAAACAAUUCAAGCACAAUACGACGCUUUGGGUGGAUCCACAAAGGUAUCUGAUGAAGGUGUUGCUCCAUUAGCAUCAGUAAUUGGAUCUCUCGGUCAAACAGAUCAAGUGGUCGACAUCCAUCCUACUACCGAUAAUCUGGUUCAUGUUUUAUCUACUCGAAGCCCUAAAAUUGUGAAAGCAACGCCAAAGAGGAAACAUUAAGAUAAUCGUAAUCAACACUAAUUAAACUGGAGAUCGAGUGCAAAGUAAUUAGAAUUGGAAAUAAGCUUCAGUGAAGUAACCGUGCAAUUUGCUAUUUAUUUACGCAAUUUUUUAUUUUUUAAAAUAAACUUAUUUACAAUGUA